AAUUAAUCAUUCAGUAACUCAAUACACAUAUCUAAACAAAUCAGUAUAUAGUUUCCGAAAUAUUAUAUACACUAGUAUACACUACAUGACCAGAUGAUAUACAUUCAUUUAUCCUGAUAUAUACUACAAGGCUCUUUGAUACACACACAGCCAUGAUCCAACACAUACCUCUAGAUAAAUCGGUUCAUAAUUUUUGGAACAUGUUUUUUAUCAGUAUACACUAAAUAAUCAGGUGAUGCACAUUAAGCAAAUUAGUUGCCUAGUAAGAAGCCAAUAUAUACUUUUAAGUAAAUCGAAAUAUAUUUUUCAAAAUAUAGUAUUAAUCAUUACUACUACAUAAUACACAGUUUCUAGCUUUAUCUAAUUUGCUAAGUGUGUGCCACCUAACUGUGUAUUAUAUACUGAUGAACACUAUAUUUUGAAAACUAUAUAUCGACUUAUCUACAUGUAUGUAUUGACUUGCUUGAUGAUUAAUUUAUUUGGUAUGUAUUAUUUGGCCAUAUAGUAUGUACCAAUAAAAAAUACGUUUUGAAAAUAAGAAAGAAAAAUGAUGCCGCAUUUAUUUUCAAUCAUAAUAUUGAUGAUUUUGUAAGUAAGAAAACUCUUUAAUUUUUAGAUUUAUUUUUUUAAAAUAAAUACUAGAAAAAAUAUAAUAAAAUAAAAAGUCCGUCCUACAUAUUUUUUCACUCUGGUGCCAGCCGCACAUAGUUUUUGUUCUCCUCUUUUUGUCCAUAUGAAAGCUGUCAAAUACAAUAUAAAGAGCAAACUAUGUACUGUAUCAAAAGAUCUGUUUUAAGCAACAACCGUCUUAGGUCACCAGGAAAAUGGCAUGCAUUUAAAAAUAAUAAAAUUCGUCUAUGGAAAACAAAGGGAGAGUAUUACCAUCCUAUACUAAGGAGAUGAGACAGUAAAUUUUAAGGUAAAUUUUAUUAGUAAAAAAAUAAAAUUUAAGAAUCCAAACAGUACCUGUAUCUGACGUCUCGUGUAUUUACCUAUGGAUCCCACCUAGCUGUUCGCUGUUCAGGCGGAAACAGCAGAGCUGCUCCAUCUUCCCCACUCUCCACGAAAUUUUGAGAUUUAAAAGGAAAAAAAUCUCAAUUCCGGGCUUCAGAAGAGAGAGAUGGCGAGAAGAAGCCAAGCCAUGGACGCGGUGGGGGCGGAGGCUGAGCUAAAGAUGGGGUUUGAGACCUUGGAGGUGGUCCAGAAGGACCGGUCCAUCCCGGUCUACUAUAUCUACCUGAACCGGCCGGCCCAGCGCAACGCCCUCACCCUGCCCUUUUUCUCCGAACUCCCCCGCGCCCUCGCCGCCCUCGACCGCCUCCCCUCCGCCCGCGCCCUCGUCCUCUCCGGCUGCGGCCCCCACUUCUGCGCCGGCAUCGACCUCUCUUCCCUCGCCUCCUCCAUCACCGCCGCCCCCUCCUCCGACGACGACCCCGCCGCCGUCCGCGAGCUCCUCCGCCGCCGGAUCCUCGCGCUGCAGGACGCGAUCUCGGCCGUCGAGCGCUGCCGGAAGCCUGUGGUGGCCGAGAUCCACGGCGCCUGCGUCGGCGGCGGGGUCGACCUCGCCGCCGCCUGCGACAUCCGGUGCUGCUCCGAGGACGCCUUCUUCUCCGUCAAGGAGGUCGACCUGGCCCUAGCCGCCGACCUCGGGACGCUCCAGCGGCUGCCGGCUAUCGUCGGGUACGGGAACGCCGCCGAUCUGGCGCUCACGGGGCGGCGCGUCUCCGCGUCGGAGGCCAAGGCGAUGGGGCUCGUCUCGAGGGUUUUCCCCACUCGCCAGGCCUUGGAGGAGGGCGUCGCCGCCCUCGCCAGUGGGUUGGCGGAGAAGUCGAGCUUGGCGGUGAUGGGAACGAAGGCGGUGAUGCUGAGAAGCAGAGAUCUGACGAUGGAUCAGGGGCUGGAGUACGUCGCUACAUGGAACGCGGCGAUGCUCAUGUCACGUGACCUGAAGGAGGCCGUCUCCGCCCAGCUCCAGAAGCGGAAGCCAGCCUUUUCUAAGCUGUGAGACUUCGGGGCCAUUUAAUAAUUAAGGAGAACUAAGUGUAUGAAUUUAUGCCGUACAACCGUCUGAUCGGUGGACCCGUUUCGGUCCUUUGUAUUACCCUAAUCUGGAUUUGGAGGCUCGAAAUAAAUCAGCUGGAAUGGACUCUAAAUUGAUGUGGAUAA